AUUGAUUGGCAAGUUCACCUGCAACAAUAAACUGACGGUAGGCCUGAUGAUCGGUAAACGGUUGUCCUGUUCGAAUGAAACUGAUUUGAGAUCAUGUACAGUAGCUAAUAUAAGAAAGCGAAUAGGCUACUUUAAGUUACAAUAUGGAAGUUUACAAAUACCCCGUUUUCUUCGAGGUUCACAGUCUCGAUCCAGCACAGAAAGAGAAGAUAGAGAAGUACUUUCAGGUUCGCCGUAAAUCUGGUGGUGGAGACUGCGGACCGAUACACAAUGUUGGUGACAACGUUUACAAGAUCGCAUUUAUUGACCAAGCAGUCCAGGAGAGGGUACUUCAGAAUCCUAAUCAUGUGUUGGAGAUGCCUGGAGGACCUCUCUCCCUCACUCUGAGAGGCAGCCUGGAGACUCCACCCACAACAACCUCCCCAGUCAGCAGUCAGAGUCACCAGUCCCUCCCAUUCCAUCCCUCCCUCCCUGUCCAGACAUCGCCACCUGGUUUCCUAGAGCAUGAACUCCAUCUAGACUCCUACCUCCUGAGAUACCUGAAGGAGAGCCCUGGGGCUGGAAGAGACCUGCAGCAGCAGCUGUCCUCUCUGGGCUGCUCUGUCCACCUCUACCCAGAGGAUGGGAGGGCAGUGGUCAGAGGCUCAGGCCAAGCUGGGUCAUGUGGAGAUGGGGUUGGGGUGGGACCAUGGAAGGCACAGGUAGAGAGACUGUUCAAACAUCUCCAGGAUCGGUACAAAUGCCACUAUGAGGUAGACCCACGUAAGCUCCAGACUCUGCUGCAGAGCAGUACCCUGGGUUCGGAGGAUGUGAGGGUUUACUGCGAGGCAGGGGAAGGGUUUGCGGUGGUGGUUGGGGAGGGGCCCGAGGUCCAGGCCAAGCUGAAGGAGCUGGAGUUCUUCCAGGGUCAGGGUCUGAGCUCCGGGAAGCAGGAGAAGAUCAGCACCACCUGUCGUCUGGGACAGGCCAAGCUCCGGCUUCUAGAGGAUGUUAUAGAGAAGGAUCUAGGUGAGGCUGUUCCAGGGGUGAGGGUGACGCGCAGUGACUCAUCUCAGCUGGUGCUGGAGGGUUCAGCAAGUGAAGUCCGGACAGCCAGACAGUUAGUUACAGAUAAGAUCUCUCUGGUGCUCGAGCGGGUGGUGCCUGAGAUGUCCCCCCACCUCCUGUCCUUCCUGAGGGAUGAGUAUGGGAGGCCUGGAAACCUGAGCAGUCUGCUGGGGUUGGGACUCCAUGUGGAGGUAGAGUUGGGGGAUACAGAGCUCCGUCUGUUCUCCCUCUCCUCUGGGAAACUGGAUCAGGCUGAGAAGGAUCUGCUGGGGGAGUUUGGGGAGGAGAAGAUCGAUGUUCCCAACUGUGGCACCCUGCCAUCUGUACUGAAAUCCAAGCUUGAGAAGAAGGUCAAGGAGAUGAACCAGAGCAGACGCAGGGUGGUAGCCAGGUAUGGUCCUGGGUGUAGAGUGCAGCUGCUGGGCCACGUGAAGGAGGUUCAGGAGCUGAGGGAGGAGAUCGGGGCCUUUCUGAUAGACCAGUCCAGUGUGGAGGAGACAGUGUGUCUCCCUUACCCGGAGAUUGCUGACCACCUACCAGAACUGCUGGAGAGGAUUGGUGUGGAACACACUGGGGUGACCCUCUACCCUUCAGCCUCAGCCAUCCACCCCACUGUGGUGCUCUGUGGACCCUCUGUCCGGGUGGCCCAGGUUAGGGACAGGUUGGGUCCCGCUCUGGCCUCCUUGGUCCACCAGACUGUGACCAUAGACCGGCCGGGGGCGCUACGCUACUUCCAGGGCCUGGGAAGGGAGUACCUGGGAGUGGUGGGCCGCUCUCAACACUGCCUCAUCCAGCUGCACAACCACGGUGGUGUUGCCGGCGAAGCUAGCGCCGGACCAGGACUGGAGGAGAUGGUCACAGCCACCAGCUAUCGCCUUCAGCGGGGGCUGCAGGUUGUGGUGCGUCAAGGUGACAUCACCAAGGAACGGGCGAAUGCGCUGGUGAACGCAGCCAAUGAGGACCUGGAUCACGCUGGUGGCGUGGCUGCAGCUCUAAGCAGUGCGGGGGGGCCUGAGGUACAGCAGGCCAGCAGGGAUCUGGUUAGGCAGAUAGGGAGAGUACCCACAGGUACAGUGGUACAGACUACAGGAGGGAAGCUGCCUUGUAAGAUGCUGCUGCAUGCAGUGGGACCAGUAGGGGGCAGCGUAGGUGGAAAUGAGCGCCCUCUGCUGGAGAAGACAGUAAAGGCAGCCCUGGAUCUGGCAGAGACCCUGGAGCUAGAGACCUUGGCCAUGCCCUGCAUCAGCUCGGGGAUAUUCGGUGUUCCUCUGAAGGUGUGCUCUGAGGCCAUAGUCUCUGCAGUGAGGGACUUUGGGAGGGAACAGCACAUCCUUACCAAGGUCACUCUGAUUGAUGUGAGUGGAGAGGCAGUGAGAGCCAUGCAGGAGGCCUGUGAUAGGCUGUUACAGGGGAAGAGGGAGUUUCCUGGGUGGGAGGUAGAGUCCAGCCCCACCACUACCACUACACAUGCUCCUCAGAGAGACACCACUGCUGCCUCCGCCAGGGGAACAGCCGCUCCAGAGGUCUGUGUCCAGGUGGAGAUCAUCCAGGGAACCAUAGAGAAACAGGAGGUGGAUGCCCUGGUGUCCCCCAUGGUUGGUAGUGACCCUCUCUCCUCCCGAGUGGGUAAUGUCUUGUCGGAGGCAGCUGGACCAGGGCUGAUGACAGCAUUUCUGAGGGAAUUAGGUGGACGGACUGCACCUGGUGACAACGUCCUGGUGGAGGGACUGUCUGGUCUCAGCUCUGGCCGUGUCUUCUUCCUCAGCUGUGCACACUGGGACAACAACCUCCACGGACCAGCAGUACAGGCUCUGAGGCAAGGUGUGAGGAGAGUUCUAGCCUCUUGUGAGAUCCGGGGAUUCUGUUCUGUUGCCUUCCCUGUAGUUGGAACUGGUGUGGUUCUCCAGUUUCCUCACAACGUGGUAACGCAGGUUCUGCUAGAAGAGGUCCGUAGGUAUGAACAGAAUCGAGCGAGCAGAACCCCAUUCCUUGUCCGCAUUGUCGUCCAUCCCAAUGACAGAGAUUCUACCAAGGCUUUCCAGACUUCCCAGAGUGCUUUGCAUGUCAGAGGGUUUGUAAUGGAUGCUUCUCCAGAUCAGACCUCCUUCUAUCGCCACGUCUCAACCACUCAGGACGAGGUCUCUGCCACGCUGGGCAGUGUCAAGCUACAGCUGGUCUUUGGCGACAUCAUCCGUGAGACCACUGAUGUCAUCGUCAACACCACAGACUUCUCAGCCAACCAUUCAGGUAGCACUAGUUAUCAUUGUCCUCCAAUUGUCAAGCUACAGCUGGUCUUUGGCGACAUCAUCCGUGAGACCACUGAUGUCAUCGUCAACACCACAGACUUCUCAGCCAACCAUUCAGGUGUCUCCAAAGCUAUUCUGACUGCUGCGGGUUCCACAGUCCAAGCAGAGUUAGCGCAAGUGGGUGUGCCAGGAGACUUGAUGUGCACCACGGGGCCCGGUGCACUGGGCUGCAAGGAGAUCGUUCACGUCAGCUUUAAAUGCGACACACAGAGGAUCAGCAAGGUCUGCGGGAAGAUACUGAAACAGUGUGAGAGAAAGGGCUACCGCUCUGCAGCCUUCCCUGCAGUCAACACUGGUGCUGCUCGAGCAGACUCUGGCUCUGUGUGUAAGGCCAUGUUGGACGGCAUGGCGUCAAGUGUGAGGGAUUUGUCCUCCAACAUCCUCUCUGUCAUCCGCAUUGUCGUGCUGCAGAGACCCGUCUUCCAGGCAUUCAAGUCAGAGCUGGAGAGCCGACUGGGAGCUAUCGCUCCAAUCCCAACACUGAAAGAGAGAGCCCAACAGAUACUGAAGAAGAAACUGAGGAUCGGCUUUUCCUCCCCCUCGCAUGGCUCCCUUCCCCCUCCUCAUGCCCUUCCAGGCCUCACCAUCACCCCCUGGAGACCGCCCCCGGUGGUGCUGAGCGUGGUGGGGCGCGGGGCGGACGCCAUCAGGGGGGCCAGGCGGGAGCUGGAGGCCAUCUUGCAGAACCAGCUGACUCAGAGAGAUGUGAAGGGAGAGGACCUGUGCAUGCUGGGAGAGGUGGAGCUGCAGGCCGUGCAGAAGAAUGCCAAGGUCCUGGGAGUGAGCCUGGAGCUAGGUAGAGUUCAGAGGGCAGGAGGGGUGGAAGCUGGGGCUGGAGCUGCGGCUGGAGAGGGGUUUUAUGUUCUCCAAGGCCUGAAGGAGGACGUUCUGAGCGUGCGCGAGGUGCUGGACAGUGCGCUCAGUGGCGCCCUCCGUAGGGAGCUGCAAGAGAGAAAUGAGGCACUAAUGGCCCUCAGUGUCCAGUGGUCUAUGUGCAGGCAUGGUGACGUUUGGGAGGAGCUGGGGAUGCAUGACAACUACCAUCUGGAGCAGGCACACCUAAGAGGAGAUGUCUCAGCAGAGCUAGAGGUCCCAGAUGGGAGCAAAGUCAGGGUGAACCUGAAGAACAACAUGGCCACUGACUGGAGAACGGGUUGCACCUAUAAGAUGAAGCGAGAGGAGAGUGCAAAAUUGCCAUCGUACUGGGAUGAUAUGGCCGCUGGUGAAACGCGGAAGAGAGUGCUGCUCUUGCCUACCUCGUCAGAGUACCAGGCGGUGGCACAGGGAUUCCAAAGCACCACGGCAACACAAGUCACCAUCCACAAAAUCGAGCGUGUGCAGAAUGUAUUUCUGUGGCAGGCGUACACAUUGUGUGAGCAGCGCAUCCGGGCCAAGAACGGAGCAGCGGAGGUAGGGGUAAGGAAACUCUACCACGGGACGGCAGCAACAACCUGUGACGCCAUUGAAAGUAAUGGAUUCGACAGGAGCUAUGCUAAUAUUACAGCACAUGGAGUGGGUGUGUAUUUUGCUGUGGACGCCAGCUAUUCAACCAAUCCCAGAUAUACCCCUCCUGAUGGUUCUGGGCACAGGCGUAUGUAUGUUGCACGUGUCCUGACCGGGCGCUAUACCCUGGGUGACCGCUCCAUGAAGUUCACCCCUCGUCGCUCCCCCACAGAUUCCGCUGACUGCUAUGACAGUCUAGUGGACAACCUGCAGAGACCCAGCAUGUUUGUCAUCUUCCACGACGACCAAGCGUACCCAGAGUACCUCAUCACCUUCAUAUGA